AUGUCGACCUACAUAUCCAGAGAAUGGACAAUGGCCGAGAAAGCAGCAGCGAAAAACAAGAUAGUGUCUUUUGCGAGGUUAUAUGACAAGAUCAAAAAGGAGUUCGACGCCGACAGCACGUUCGACUCUCAACCUGACAAAAAGCUUGAGAAGAUGGAACGUGCUGUUUGGAGCGAAUUUUUUACCGCUGCUGAAUGCGCGCGACUGGAACGAAUGAAGCAGCCUAGGAGAAGACCUAGACAGAUACUACGGAGCACACGUCCAACAUUUGGAUCUCGCCCAUCCAAUCCUUCGACUGCAGGUGGAAUUGCUGCAAAUCAAACUGGCGAAUCUUCCAAACCUGCCGGGGCCGAAAAGGUUACGAAGGAACUGGCUGAACCAGCGAAGGAUACGCCACAAACCCUCGCUGAACCACCGAAAGAUCCUUCAAAGUCGGACAAGCCAGUGUGCACCUUCUUCUUCAAGGGCGCUCAUCUUACCUAG